AUAUAAAGUUUACAUAUUUUAGAACUAAUCACAUGUCAGUGUGAAUUUUAGUGAAAAUAAAUAAUUUUAUUUAAUUUUAACAAUGAAUGGAUUUCAGCUGCUUGGAUUACUUGUGAUAGGCACAUUUGUCAUUGCAGUGGACUUUCAUGAACAUUCAAAACAAAGAAGCCGUACGAAGCGAUUCUUAUUCAAUCGAUAUCAACCUGACACCCAUAAUGGAAAUAUAUCUCGAUGUUGUAAUUGCGAUGAUUUGGGUAAUGGUACAUCGUGUUAUGAACGGUGUAGAAGUGGUAUCCAGAGAGACGAUUCCGAGCACUGUACAUAUGAAAUGUGUUCAGUAACGGUAACUCUCAUUAUAGGCAAAUUUUACCUUUUAUCCAGGUGCGAAAACAAAACUUCAUGCCUUAAUAAUGUAACAAGUAUUGAUGACGCGAAAAAUAACAGAUGUGACUCAUUGAAGAAAAGUGACAUGGUAGAUGGUACAGUUUGUCGUUACUGUUGCGAGUCUUAUAACGACGUUUCAUCGAUAGCAUGUUUAAAGAACCUGGAAACUAUCAUCAACCAUACAUAUAGCCAAAAUGCUGGUAAAGCAUUAAAUAACACCGUAACAUCAUCUACAUCCUUCUCAAGUUCUCAGUCAUCUACAAUAUCUUCAAGCUCUAGAUUAUCAACAACCUCUCCAAGUUUUUUAUCAUCAACCUCUUCAAGUCCUCGAAACACGCUUCAAUAUGCGGAAUUAACUUGUGAAACAUGUAUAAAUAGCACCAAUUGUAAAAUAGAAACUUGUAAAACUAGUGAUAACUACUGUGAAAAUGUAAUCAGUUUUGACAAUGGGUUACAGAAAAUCAUCAAAAAGAGCUGUUCAACAAUAUUUGAAUGUAAAUAUGACCACUCAAUGAGGAACAGUGAAUGCGACCCGACCAAUGCUAUAAAAAGUAAGAACUACAUGACAUGUCACUACUGUUGCCAAGCAACAAGAAAUUCUCCACCUUGUAAUACAGAUAAUAUUCCGAACCAUUUGGAUUGGUUUGACGAAAAAACAUCAGAAGGCCAAUCGUUGAACCCAUCUUCUUCAUCAGAAACCACACCUGGUCAUUCAAUAGAACAAUCUAUGUCUACAGCAUUGUUAUCUAUUUCGUCAGAAGUGCCAACUGGUCACACGACCAGAUCUUCGAUUUAUGCCUCUGUAGCAUCCAAUCAAACAACACCAGGCAUUAGAAAUACAUCUACUCAAAUUUAUAACACUUCAACGUUUCCAAAUAUUUCAAAUGCGAAUAGAUCAAUAUCGCCGUUGACAUUCAACAUUACCAAACCAUACCCCAAUGGGUCUAAUACAAGUGUUAAGACGUCACCUUCAAUUUUUGUCUCUACUUCAAUAUCUGAACUGUCAAAAUCUACAACGCAGAAGUCUAUAAAAUCUUCAACCAAAAAAUCUCCCUUCACUAUAUCACCUUCAAAAAGUAUCAGAUGUAAAGUAUGCAGUGGACCAGAUUUUCUAUGCGAGAAGCUUUAUACUGACCAGGAUUGCGUCUACCCAAAUAAUUACUGUUUAAAUACAGUAAGAAAUUAUUUAAAUGGCACGAGAUCUGUAAAUCGAAGGUGCGAUAAUUUCCAGAACUGCUACCGUAAUUGGUUUCUCGGAUCUUCUGAUGUUGACAAAUGUCGUCGAUAUGACGAACGUCAGAUUGUCACACUCGAGUUUGACUGUACAUUUUGCUGUAUUCAGGACGGCUGUAACAAACCACUGCGACCAACCGACGAGACGCUUUAUAAAGAUGUAUAAUACACAGACAGAGGCAUAUUAAACACCCGUUUUUAAUUCAGAUGAUGAAAAAAAUAAUCUUUGCUGAAUUUAUCCAACACAAUUAUCUAUAAAUAAAAACAAAGCAAAUAUUCUGGCAAUAGUUAAAUAUCACGAUGACUGUAAAUAUUUUAGAUUUUUUUAAAUUAUAGUUAUACAAACAAAC